AAUACGUCAUAGGUCAAAGUUGAAAUGAGGGAAAACAGAAACAGCAUGGAGACGGAGGAGAGGAGUGGGAGCGGACCUCCCGCUGAAACCUCAAAAAAAGGUGGGAAACGCGUGAAAGCACUGGCCGCUAAAGAAGCAGCAAGAAGGCGAGAGGUGGUUAGGGAGACGUUAUGGCAGAAGUUGGACUUGGAGAAGAGAGCCCUGAAGGUAGUGGAGCGUCUUCAGGAGGACAGUGUGGCCGAGGACUUCCUGAUUGAUUGUGUGAAGUUCAUUACUCCUGCAAAUUACAAAGACGCUAUAGAGGAGAGAUUCAUUUCUAAGCUGUGUGGUUAUCCCAUAUGUUCAAAUAAACUGGGCAAGAUCCCAACUCAACGGUAUAAAAUUUCUACUAAGACCAAUAAGGUGUAUGACAUUACAGAGCGCAAGUGUUUUUGUAGUAACUUCUGUUACAAAGCCUCCAAAGAGUUUGAGUUACAAAUACCGAACACACCUCUUUGGCUCAGGCAGCAUGAAAGUCCUCCAGAAAUUAGAUUGAUGAAGAAAGGAGAUGGCGGGAGUUCUGGUGAGGAGGUGAAGCUGUUGGAGAGGCGUCUUCAAGAGGAGGAUAUCGACGACCCGCUCUCUGCUCAAUCUGAGGACCCUCCCAGCUCUCUGCAGCAUUCCGCAGCAGCAGACCUAAGCCACAGUGAAAGCAGUGACAUUGAACAGGAGCAGGACUUCGUCUCCAGCGUGGUUUCCCAGCAUCAGGGACCCAAGGUGCACUGGGGCGAACUGCCUAAACGUAGAGAUGAAGACAAGAAUGGUGAACGAGGGAAGACAGAGAGGCAAAAGAAACAGACAAGAGAGGGAGAUGAAGAGGAGAUUGAGUGUCAUCAAGGAGGGGACCCAGAAAGGGAGGGAAAAAUGAGAGAAGACAAGAAUAGACAAGAGUCACUUUCAAGUCAAAGAGAAGCUGGAACUGACUCUAAAAAACCCCAACAGCUGCUCUUAUUAAACAAAGACAAACCAUGUGCAGAGCAGGGGCCAGAGCAGAAAGGCUUGCCUCAGGAACUCAGUGUGGAAGAGGCUGCAGCUAAGCUGAAUUUGUGCAGUUUAUCUGGCACUCGCACUGCUCCCCUGCCUGUUGACUCAACAGCCACACAAGCAGAUCUACUCACCUCUCCAGUGUGUAAAGACUCAAACCCCUCAACAGAAAGCAAACCUCUCCCUUCUUCAACUCCGAUCAACGCGGAAUGGGACGACCACAAAACCGCAUUGACCAGCCAGCCAGGUCUCAACAUCACCCAGGUGGGAAUGAGCAAGAGAGGGGCAGCAGGGCUACGAGAUCUGCUCAAGAACCACACCGCUGGAGCCGAACCUGAAUCUGUCCGCCUGAAUCUCCUCGAGUGCCUGAGAAGAACGUUAAAGGACUGGAGCACUGACGAGACCCUGAAGUUCCUGUACGGCGCUAAGCAUUCACUAGGCUCUCCUUUUGCUGACGUUAAAGAAGACAAAGAAGCUGAAGAAGAGGAGGAGCUGGAUGAAGAUGACCUUGAGGAUGAGGUGACCGAUGAGGAUGCAAAGGGGGAUGAUGCUGCGGUGCAGAAGAGACCGUCUGCCGCAACUCCAGACUAUAAGACUCUUCAGGAGGAGAACCGGCAGCUGGAGCUAAGAGUCAGGGAGUUUUAUAAGGGGACCUGGAUCCUGCCUGAGGGGGUGGAGGAGCCAGAUGGAAACAAGGUGAAGGACCAGAGCCUGAAGGACCCGGUUCUGCCACUCCUUGACUCUCAUGCUCAGCACGUCAUCCGGAAACGAAUCACAGUGGAGAAGCUCACCAGCUGCCUCAGAAUCAUCGUCGGUUCUCUGGGUCUCACCAUGAGUGACGUCUCCACUGACCUGAAUAACCUGGUCAGGACUUUCAGGUUAGUGCAGCACACACAAAUACACACUACUCUCUGCAGAUCUGCUUGCAAAACGUUACACACACACACACACACACACACACUCAUCAUUUUCUCAUCUCAUCAUUUUAGCAUGCUUACACGGCAUGUGUCACAAAAAAUUGUUUUUUAACGUCUUGUGGAGGCAGACAACUCUACGUUGACGGGGCAUCAUGGUUCACAUCAACACAUUUAAAGGUACAGGACUAGAGCCAAUAGCUGCAAUUGAGGGUGACAUUGAGGAUUUUCACUCCUGUUCCAUUCCACUCCCACAAAAAUACUACUGCCUGUCCCAAUCCUGGAAGAAUGACUCCUGUUUCCCUGUCCCAGAAAAUAGCGUUUAUUCAUGUAAGAAAUGCAUAUUCAUAUAUAAAAAUGGACCUAUGAUACCCGUCCCGCCUUAUUGACUCAUUCCCCGGUCCCCUCCCAGUCCUGUAAUAAUUAGUGAAACUGACUUCCAUACCAUGACCCACAGGACAGACAUCUUGUUAUAUUCAUGAGAUGGGGACUUUAUAGUUAUUGUAUAGAAAUUAGUAAGGUGGAUCCCAACAUUGGAUUUGUUGUGCUGUCUUGAGAGCAAGAUGAUUGAGAACCUUCACUGACAUCUUGGAAGCUUUUGGGGGAUUUUGUCAUUCCCUUAUAAUGUAUGUAUCAUAUAAGCAUAUGUAGGCUUUAUUCUUAAUUUAAAUGAUACUAAUAAGUAAGUAAUUGCAACAUUUAGCCUACUGAAACUCG